UUUCUUUUCAUAUUACCUAUAUCUCCAUUGCUAUACUGUCUUCAACUUUCUAAACCCUCUACUUAUUUUCCUUUUUGAUUUACUAUUCACUAUGGCCACUGAGCUUCCUGAUUUUUUUAUUUACUACCCUACCUUCCAUAUCCUUAUUUGUAAGGAAUGCCAUACUGCUCUUCCUAAGAAUAAGGCUGUGGAACACCUUAGGAAAGACCAUUUGAUGACUCAACAUCAAGUUAUUAACCUUGGCUAUCAGGCUAUCAUUGAGAGGCUUGAUAUCUUCCCUCUUACUAGGUCUCUUCACCAAAUUCAGAAUGACCAGCCAAUUGCUCCCAUUAAGGGAUUGAGCUCUUUUCAAGCUAGGGAAUGUAGUGCUUGUGGUGAGCUCUUUCAAUCCAUGGACAAAGCUAAUCGCCAUAUUACCAAGGCCCAUCAGCACCAGAGAGGUCAUGCUCAGUAUCCUACCAUUAUAGAUACUCUGGCCCAGGCAUUGCAGCCAAAUCGUUACUUUUUCAAAGUGCGGCUUCCAUCUCACCCUCUAGGGGACCAUGCUCCUACUAGGGCAGGCACCUCUAGUCCUUCACCAACCCCUGGCCCAUCUCAGCCACACUAUGCCCACCACGCUAGGGUGGUUGAGUCUAGUGACUCUGACAUUGAGAUGGUCUCUGCCAGGGAUGUCAAUACCUCUCUGAGAGCCCCUUCUGCCUUUGGACCCUCUGCCAGUCUUCCUACCAGGCCUGGUUCUUCGUCGCAGCCUGACUCUGGCAUCACCCCAGAUCUGGUGGAUUCCCUGCUCCGUCAGUACCAGGAAAUCCAGAAGCCCCAGCCAGAGCAAGCCAAGAUCUAUCUCUCUGGGUCUAGGGAUGAGCUCAAUGGAUUUCAGCUCCACACCAGGUAUCCAGAGUUCCUGCAGCAACGCUCCCUCCCAAAGCUAAGAAAUCUCUUCUCUCUAUCCCUAGAGCAUUCUGAUCGAAUCCAUGAUUUCCUGACUGCCUGCACCACCUAUAUAUUCGCCAAAGGCCAGAAGAUCAUCCCUCUCCUUUCUCGCCAUGUUCGAUGCCUUCUCAAUAGUUUUGACAUUGAGCAUGUGACUCUGCGCCCUUUCAAACCCCUCCAGGAGGCAGCCAGUGCCCAGAAAUAUGCCCGCGUGCUUCACAGCUUUCUCGUUUUUCUGUUGGAGAGCUAUCCCUACCAGAUCACAUGGUCAAGGCGGGGGAUUCAGGAGCUCAAGGACCUGCUACUAUCCCCCACCCUAGCGGAAGAGGAUGAGGAGGCACCAAAGGCCUCAGGCCCCUUGCAGGCAGGCAGUGCCCGUGCCUAUAUUGGUGAUGACCUUGAUGGUGAGAAUGAUGAAGAGGAUGAGAUCGAUCUGGCCCUGGACCUAGGGGGGGAUGAUGGUGAGGAAGAUCUUGAGGACUCUGGUGUUCUCGAGAAGCUCGAGCGGCAGGCCUGGCAGGCCACCAGUGGUUUUCAAUUCACUCAGGCGGCAGUGCACGAAGGGGUGGCUCUCAUUGAAAAGCUCCUCAUUGACCUGGUCACCAGGCAUGAGUCAUAUGACAUGAAGGGCCCUAUCUACGCGUUCCUGGCCUGUUUCAGUAUUCACUACCAGGAGGUGACCUUCAAGCGAAUUGACCGCAUCAGCCAGUCCUACUCUGCCGUUAUCUACGCCAUGCAGCUGGUCGCCAUCAACCACCAUUGGACCCCAUGGAUCCGGAGGAUCCUUGAAGCGAAAGAGGAUGGGCAGGACCAAGCGCUGGCUAAUGCGGCCCCAUUUCAUGCUGUCUUCGGCCCCUGGCUGCAGACCUACUUCAAGCACCAGUCUUUGACUUCAGCCAGCGGCAGACCGCUGCCUCAGGCUCCCCAGGCCACAGCCAAGACCCCCCAAGGCCUAUCUACCAGCUCCUUUCCUCUCAACCAGCCCUGCCUGCGCUUCUGGUGGCAGAGAUCUGCCUCUUCACCAUCCCCUAAGAUCCCUAUUGGUCAGUUCAAUGCAUUCAUGGGCUCCACAACCCCCACAUUCACUCCAAUCGACCCCAAUGUCACUGAAGGCAUUCCCGAUGGUGACCCGCGCCUGGCCGAGCUGGAACCAGGCCAGCGACUGCGACUGCUUGCACACCAGCCAUUCCCUCAAACCCCUAGGGGCCUUCAAGCACCAGACCUCCUGCUUGGGCUCUUUCAAGAAUUCAUGGGAACGCCUCAGGCUGAAUUUCGAAGCGCAGAACAGCGUGAGUGCCUCUACCAUCUGCUGAAGCCAACCCCAUUCCUUCUCAUGGCAUUACCAACUGCUGGAGGCAAGACCACCCUGUUUCUGCUUGCUGCAAGCCUUGCCUGGGCGCAUACUACUGUCCUGGUGGUUCCCCUUGUUUCAUUGAAGCUGAACCUGCAAUCUAAGCUUCAAAACCUAGGUCUGCCAUGGGUGAAUUGGGAGGAUCAGCAUGAGGAGACCCCUCCUACCCGGCUAGUGCUAGUAUCCAUUGAGUCUGCUGUCAGCCAGGUCUUCAUUAACUGGGCCAUGCAGCUCUACCACCAAAACGCCCUGGACCGCAUUAUUUUUGAUGAGGCCCAUCUCAUCCCCCUGGCCCGCAGCUAUCGGGGGGUGAUGAAUGAUGUAAACCGCCUGAGCCAGAUCCCAGUCCCCAAAGUCUUUGCCUCGGCCACCAUGACCCAGCCUGCCCUGGACCAGCUCCGCCACCAAUUCCUCCUGCCAGCCCACCUUCCCCUGGUGGUCCGUGGUGAUAUCAACCGCCCUGACAUUCACUAUCUGGUCCAAGCACACCCCCCUAGGCUCUCUGGCGCCCGCCGCUUCCAAUAUCUUUUGAACCUGAUCCGUGAUGCACGCCAGGCCGGGCAGAUCCCCCCUAGGGGUCAGGUGAUCAUCUACCUUCCCUAUAAGGGCAUGGUGGAGGAGUUCCAUCAGGCCUAUCCCCAGGAGACAGCCUAUUUCCAUGCCAGCAUGCCAGAGGAAGACAAGACAAGGCAGGUGGAGAGCUUUGACCAAGGGCAGAAGCUCGUGCUCCUUGGGACAGCUGCCAUCGGGGAAGGAUAUGACUUUGCUCAUACUGCCAUGGUCAUUCACUGGGGGACCAGGUGGGGCAUCAGCCAGUUCCUUCAAGCUACAGGGCGUGCGGCGCGGGGUGCUGGGGAGAUUGGCUGGUCAUAUGCCAUCAUCCCCCCCCUCUCUCAGCCAUUCCCAGCGCCGGCGGAUCUGGAGGAACAGUUUUUCCAUGAGUAUCUGCAGGCACAGGUCUGCCGGCGGUCCCUAAUCAAUAGGGAAUUCAAUGGUCGGGCUACCCAGGGGUGUUUGGCGCAUGAGAAGGCAUGUGACCUGUGCCAGGCCCGGCAGGGAGAGCUCCAGGCAGUUGCUACCCAGGCUAGGGCAGUCCUCAGGGAGGGUGACGGCCUUAGGCGAAAGCUGACUGCCUAUGUGGAAUUUUUCCUCAAAGGAAAUAUCUGCCUUGGGUGUGAGCUUGAUUCAUGCUGUGAGUAUCUAUCUACUAUCUUUCUAUCUAUCUACUAUCUAUCUACUAACUGA